GUUACCGCAGUUUUUUGAAUACGUCUCUUAAUCGCGUGUUGUCGUACGCUCUCGUUGUUCAGCUUGCCGACCCUUAGCAUUCUCACCCCUUGAGUGUUACCGUGGAUUGUGAUUUCAUGCCAGCAGGAAACUGAAUUGCUAAAUGACAGUCUAUUGGGUAAAGACCGAAAAAGGAAGGAUCUGAUUUGCACCCUAUAUAAUUGAUUUGCGCUGGGGAUGGCGCGGGCGCAACAAGUCCACAGUAUCUUUCUUCUUUCCCGACCACCAUGGCGAACUCGCCAGAAAGUGCGGCUUUCGACUUCGGGGAUAGGUUGGGCUUAGCCUUCAUCGUGGAGGCGGCAACACUGUCGGUACUGGCCAUCACAACUCUUCUGGCAUACAUUACUUAUAGCGCUGUCACCAUUCGAUUAGGUGCUACACGCAGGUGGUCGACGGAUACUCACAUUCAUUAUUAUUUCCUCAACUUAAUGGUUUUUGACCUCAUUCAAGCAAUCGGGGGGAUGUUCGAUAUAGCAUGGAUUGAUGCUGCUGGGAUAUACCCUGGCACAAUAUGCACUGUGCAAGGAGCUUUCAAGCAUGUAGGCAAUACGGGGGCAGCUUUCAGCACCAUGGCUAUCGCCUUGCACACGAUGCAAGUGCUAGUAUUGAAGUGGAAUACCCCUCCAAAAGCAGCACUACUUGGCACAGCUAUAAUAUGGCUUACUGUUGGUUUAAUGGUCGGGAUACCAAAUGCGCUGAUUGACAAUUUCUAUGGCCCCACUGGGCAUUGGUGCUGGAUCGAACGUAACAAUUUCCAACGAAUGGGUCUUCAAUACAUGUGGAUGUGGCUUGCAGCAUUCAUCUCUAUUACUGUUUACAUCUUCCUCGCUCUUGUGGUCAAACGGAUCAUCAUCAUCGAUGGAUAUAGGAUCCGGUGGGCGUCGGCUGAGAACCGCAGUCUCACGCCAUCCGAUGGUUCUGACCCCCGACUCCAACGGGACGGCGGAGCCAUCGCGCUACGAAUGCUUCUCUAUCCUGCGGUCUACAUCAUCACAGUGUUGCCUAUCACUGCCGCCCGCUUCACACAGUUUCACACACAAAAGGUACCAUGGGGAGUGACGGCUUGGGCAGACACCCUUCUUCUCUUGUCGGGAUUCUUCAACACCAUCCUAUACACGCUAACGCGCCCAAAGCUCCUGCCGCAUUCACGUCGGUCACCCGCGGUUGUUUUAUCAUCCACGAGCUCAACCCCACAUCUCGGUAGGACUCAUCGCUUUCACAACCACAAGCACUAUCCUUUCGAUAUAAAAAUUGAAGAAGAAGAAGGAGAGCUCCCUUCUAUGAGUUUUGAACUUGGACAGCCUCUGCGCUCCUCGUCCGAGUUGCGCUUUUCUCACCCUGUGAUAUCAAGUGUCGAGCAAUGACCGAUGUCUUGUGUAUUUAUGGGACACGGUUCCCGCCAGCGUUAUGUGCUGCUUCGCGCACGUCUGUCCUUCCCUCGGUGGGAUGACGGUGCACAAAAUCCGAGUUUCUUAUUUUAUUUGAACGCAUUUACUCUAGCCUUACACUAAGUAGACCACGUCCUUAGUGUUGUAUUGCAAUUGACAUGUAGUAGGAAUCCAAUGGGAAUCCAGCCAUUUCA